UGGCCACACAACUCGUUGCCUCUUUCAAGUACAUAUCGGUUACAGUCUUAAACAUUUUGGAGAUGAGACGUCGAUGGAUAAAAACAAUGAAGUCGAAGUUGUCGUAAUUCGCAGGUCGGAACUAUAUAUCUGCCAAGAUUAGUAUCGAAGCCGUUGCUUUCCCAUCGGACGGUGAGAUACUGACAGAACCAGCCACAGGGCGAUGCUUCAGCCUAGAAAUCUGGAGAAUAGCCGGCACAUGUAGAAAGAGGGUUACGGGAGUCGUACGCUGAACGAACUGGUGGGAUCCAGGGGAGGGAUCCCGAGGCAUUUAGAGGAAUGUUGCCUUUGCUGGGAUUGUCCGGAGCUGCUUUAGCGUGCACUCGUUUGUUUCGUGGCUACGUCUCGCUCUCAAUUCGGAGGUCGAACUUGACAUUAGAAAUCGUGGCGUCGGCCCGGCGCUUAACGACAUUGCAGGGUAAGAUGACUGCAGCAAAAUGUGACUGGAAGCCAAACUUUGUUCCUGUGGCGGACACUAUCGCUUUUACAGACGAUCCAAAAUGCCUUCUCCGAAUAGUUUCUUAUAAUAUUCUUGCUCAGGCAUAUGUGAAGAGCGCAAACUUUCCUCACUCACCUCGCUCUUGCCUCAGAUGGAAGAAUCGAUCGGAAGCUGUGGUGUCUCGACUCUUAGCGCUUGAUGCCGAUCUUUUGUGCCUCCAGGAACUGGAUGAGUAUCAUACAUUUUACAAGGAAAUACUAGAUAAGGCAGGAUAUGGAAGUGUUUACGUCCAGCGUGGGAACAAGAAGAAAGAUGGAUGUGGGAUUUUCUUCAAGAGGACGAGGGUCUCGCUGCUCUCAGAGGAAAUCAUCGACUAUAAUGUUCUUGUUCCCCCACUUCCCCCUGGAGAAAAAGAAGUCAGCGACGAUGAAGUUGAAGACGGUAGUGGUGAUGAAGCUGCUCAGAAGAUAGGAGACCUGAAUGAUGUCCGAGUGAGGUUGAAGCGCGAUUGCGUUGGCAUCCUCGCCGCAUUUAAGCCCUUGGAAGCACCGGAUCACGUUUUUGUCUUGGCUAACACCCAUAUAUUUUGGGAUCCAGUCUUGAUGGAUGUGAAGCUCGCACAAGUACAUCAUCUCGCGGAUUCCCUCGUAACCUUCAAAAGUUCAAUUGCUCAAGAACAAGGAGUAGAUCCUCUCGUGUUUGUCACUGGAGACUUCAACUCACUUCCCGGAGACUCCGUGUACAAGUACCUUACUUCAGGAACGGACUUAUCUGAUCAACCGAAGGCACUAGAGGAGGAUGUAAAAGUAUUGGAAGACAAGCUAGUCAAGCUUGACGUCCAAUCAAAGGAAGAAAACACAGGCGAAGUGAAAGAAUGGGUCGUGAAAAUAGAUCAGUCAUCGAAAUUUCCUUUACCAACCGUAAGUUUGUAUGCUUACGCCGAUGAGGAACCGCCAUUCACAAAUUAUACCGUAACUUUUGUAGGCACUCUUGAUUAUAUAUUGUUCGUUCCAUCUGAGCGCUUAAAACCCAGAACCCUUCUGGCCCUUCCCAAGCCAGGAGCACUUGAAGUUCUCGGUGGGCUCCCCAAUCACAACCAUCCUAGCGACCACUUACCUAUCGGUUGUGACUUCGGGUUGUAUUAGUCUUGACUUCGUCUUAGACAGACGAUUCAUCCCUUGGCGGCCGCUUGGAAUCAGAGAAUUCUCACAAAUAGGAGAUGCAAUUACAUUGCAUUGAUCAAUUCUUCCAAUUAUUUUUUCGCUACGUGUUCGUCUGUUCUUGUCACCUCGCAAAAGCUGCAGUAGUAAGUGUCAAAAUUA